AUAAGAUCAUAAUGCACAUUUUAUCAGUGCGUCUUGUGACUUCGCAUCAAGCCAGGCGAUUGAUUAGGCUCCAGUGACGAGAAAAAGUUGGGUCUGUGAAUUCCUGUCGGCUGGACCUUUUUUUGUGGGUACAACGUGUAAACCUGGUUGAUUGGUGCGCCUGGAAUAAACUUGGCAACACGAUGGUUUACCACCGUGUCGUCUUUAGUACCGAGAGAAACUGAAAACCCGGGUCCCUUUAGGGCUAGAGAGGCUUGAUUCAUGAGGAGAUAACGUAGUCAAGGGUUAGAAGCACUGAAGUGAAGCCUCGAACAAAUUGCAUUCAUUCCAGCGACGAAAGAACCUGUUUCAGAAAAUUUGUCGCGAAGUUGUUUUUGAAAAGACAAACCGAUUGAUCAGGAGAGAGACAGAUCCUUGUUAAAAUGGCUGCCAUCGCAGGAGAAUUGAGCAAACAGAUCAAGGGCCAUUCUGAAGGAGCUCAAGGCUUUCGACCAUGGUGGGACACGGUGGAAGACAACAUUAUGUAUUCAUUUGUCAUUUUAGGGAUGGUAACACUUCCCAUGACGUUCUUCUCCAAAACUCCCAUCGAGUGCACACCACAUCCAAAACUUUGGCAUAAUGCCACAGAGAUUAAAGGGCUGUCCCGGUUUUAUCCAAAAGUAUAUUGCACGGAAACCAUGAUUGAGCCAUUUCUUUUGUACCUCCCCUUCACCCUUCUCAUGGUUCCGAUUAUGUUAACGGCCAUUGAGAAGACCUUUGUUGUGUUAUACAAAGUGGAGGACAAAAUGAAUCAAUUCUACCACUUAUUGGUCAAGGAAUCCUUGGCUUCCGAGGACGUGGCCAACCUUAGCAAGGACAACAUCAAGGAUUGCCACGAGAUUGUCCAAGCCUUCAAGACGAGCAACGCAUGUUACACCUCGUAUUUGUAUCGGACUUUAUUGGAGAUCAUUGGAUCCAUGGGAUUGAUUGGCAUGUUCAGCUAUUACAAUGGAAUCAAUGGCUUAGGAGUGAGAUUCUUCGAUUGCACGGUCUACGGGCAUCUCUUUGAAUGUUUGGUGCCAAAUAGCCAGUUCUUUAUGUACGUGUACGUGUUGGCCUUUUGCUUCAUCGGUAUUUACCUUCUAUGCUCUCUGUACAAUUUCGUGUGGAUCAUUUCUUCUCGCGUAGGUGUUCUCUCCAAAUUUCUGGACGGUUGCCACCGUCAAACCGAUUCCUACACUGAACACUUGAAGGACAUUCAAAAGCCAAUCAUUCGCUUGAAGCUCUAUUUCAAGCCCAAAGCCGAAGACUUCAGUCUACUCAUGAACCUUCUGGCUGAAUCUCAAGGCUUGCCCGAUGCUCUCCGCGUUCUCUCGUUGUUCGAGCAUCAAUUCUCUAUGUUAUGGGAACCGGAGAACAUCCGGUUGAUGCAAAAGCGCAACUCACACGAACAUAUGGUUGUUGAGGAGGAAAAGGUGGAGGACAAAGACAAAGUGGAACGCGACAAAAUGCCCCAAACGCUGGUGGUCGCGUGGGAUGAUGCGAAUAUUGCUGAAUACUUUCACAAUUGCUUUAAGAAAAAGUACACUUUAGAAUAUUCAGUGGAAAUUUCGCCGGAGACGGAAGCGCCCAUUAAGUCCAUUGUGUAUUACAAGGAAUCAACUUGGAUGAGGUGCGAGGAGUUGGAGUUGUUAUCUCAUGAUUAUCUUCAAGAGAAGACUCCCAUCAAUGUCCCUCGGAAAUACAGCCUCAGUUUUGAUGGACUUGAGGCUGGACAAACUUAUAAAUUGACCUUUUCAACGGAGGUGGAUGGACGAACCGUCGCGCAAACGAUUCGAAAUUUUGAAUGUGAUGAUGUUUGAACGGCGGUGUUAAGUCAGUAAAUAAUAAAUGAUGGUAUUAUUCUCGUUUUAAGGAAGACCAGAAACUUA